AUGACCAGGAAUGAAGGCUCCUCGCCUCAAUGUAACCAUUCCUAUGGGCGUAUGGGUACCAGCCUGAUUACCGAAGGGAUGCGAGGAAUGCUUCUGACAACCAAUAUCCUCCAAGCGUUAGCAAGCCCCACGCAGGACACUGCUAAUAAAGUGGGGGAAAAUAUUAGUUCUGUGAACAGAAAGAAAAAUAGAAUGAUUAACUUGGCAAGAGAUGUCGGUAAGCCUGUAUUUCUACACUGCAGGGAUGAUGGAUCCGGUGAGGCAGCAAAACGCACCUUGGACAUGAUCCGUAUGAUGGACAUGACACACCAUGAUUUCCAUCGACAUUGCUUCGCAGGUUCUGUGGAGGAGCUAUGCCAGUGGGAGAUUGAAUUGCCUGCAGUGAAUUUUGGCGUCACAAUGAGAUCAGCGCAGGUCCCAAAUCUGGUGGCCAGGAUCCCAGUUGAGCGCUUGUUGUUGGAGACAGAUGCUCCAUAUUUAUCACCAGCUCCUGGAUGCAAGAUGAACCACCCCUGGAACCUAGCAUCUCUCGCUGCACAAGUUGCUUCUAUCCGCAACACACCAGUUUCAUUUAUCCUGGAGACAUGUAACAACAAUGCCAGGCAGUUCUACAGAUUAUAA